UAUAAUUUAUAGAGAGAAGAUAUAUAUAUAUAUAGAGAGAGAGAGAGAGAGAGCAAAAGAAAGAGAGCGAUGGCAAAAUUGUACGUAAUGUUUGUGCUUGUACUUGUAUUUGUGCAUGCAACUGCACGAAAAAUUCCUCUCGACACACAAGGCAGAAACCCUAAUGAUAACACUCUAAGCCAUGUUGAAAACAGACAUAAUGCUGCUGCCGGUGUUGAUGAUCAGAAAAACUUCAUCACUUACGGAGGCGUAGGCGGAUGCGCCGGUAUUGGUGGCGUUGCUGGGGUGUUGCCAGUGCUACCAGUUCUUGGUGGUGUUGGAGGAGUCGGUGGCCUUGGAGGUGCUGGCGGUGUUGGAGGGCUGGGCGGCGGGGUUGGAAAAGUUGGUGGUGUGGGUGUCAAAGGCGCCGGACUUGGUGGUGGAGUUGGUGGUGCAGCCGGUGCCGGCGGCAUUUUGCCUUGAGAAGUUUGUUUAUCUUAUCAGUGUAUUUUCAUGUUUAUUAUGGGUUCAAAAAUUGUUUGCAUGCAUGGUGUCAUUAUUCAGUAUAAUUAGAUUGUUGUUGUCUGAAGUUUUAUUUUCAAGGUCUCGUGUGUUCCGAAUUCUGUAAUUUAGUGAGUACAAAGUUCAUUUCUUGUCUAUUUUAUAUAUCUCCUCAUGUUAUUUUUCAA